CGAAACGCCGAAAAUUCAGCAGCUCUGUGCAGCACCGUCAUACAAUUUAACCAAAAGUUUAGUCAACAGUUGAAAUCUUACUUAAAGGUACCAGAGCUACAAAGAUGUCAGAUCCAAUUAACUGGCUGCAAAGCACCAAGAAACUAUGCCAGGUUGUGAUUGAUAACCGCGAGCAACAAGUUCCAGUGCCCGUCAAGGAAGAAGUGGCUGCCAGUUAUCCUGAACUCAAUGAUCUGAUGGAAUCUAUUGAAAUGCAGCACCUAAAGGAAGAUGAUGUCAUUUUAAUCAAAGGUCUACAACGGCAGCAUUCUGAGACAGCAGCAGAUGAGUUGCAGAGUUCAUCGGAAGGAGUGAUGUGCCUCUCACCCUCUCCCAGCCACAGCACUGGCUCUGUGAUGUCCAGCCUCAGGAAGUACGCUUUGGGAUUCCAGCAUGCCAUCCAUGCCAUCACGCAGCAUUUUGCUAACAUGAACAUUCGGUGUACCGAGGAACCAGAGUGCAUUCCCACUGCUGAGUUUUCUCCUUCUGAUGCCAUCACUGCUCAGGAAACAAACCUUUCUGCUCCAGAUGUUGAAGCUUGUUUUCCUGAUGCUACAGUUCCUCCAGCUGAUAUUCCACCCCUUCCAACAUCAGAGCAGUUGCGUAGGCAGAAUUUAGUUCAAAGUUUAUCUGGUCCUGUACAGCCUGUGGUAUGUUAUCCACCAGAGAGCGUUCAGUCAUCAUGUGUGGCAACCGAUGUGGAUCUUGGAUUGCCUUCCAGUCCUCUGCCUCCCCCUGGAUCACAAUUUUUGGAAAAGCUAUCCACUUUUGCCGGGCGGAUGUCCAAUGAGGUACUUAGUUCAGUGAACAAGGACAAUGUUCCCCAGGGAACUAAGCCUGAUUAUAUGGAGGUGAAACAGUCUAAGGUCUGGACAUCCACUGGAAGUGAAUUUUCUUUAGAGAUGUCUUCUUGUGAUGUUAUCCCAACUUCUCAUCUGAAUCAAACGUUUCCAGAUGUUGAAGUGUCUCUUAAAUCAUCAGACAAUUAUUUAAAGUCAAUAGAGUCAGAGAGGAACACUACCGUUCUGGAAUGUGAGAGUAGAGAUACCAUCCCAUGUGGCAUAGGCUUCCUGGCAAGCAAAGAGGCUUCCAAUAUUAUUCAGAAAUCUCUUCAAGAGAUUGGGAUUGAAAGGGAAAAUCCUCUUAAUGACAAUGUUUCCAGGACAAUACAUGCCAGUUCUUCAGGGAAACCAUGUACAAUAAUGCUUCCGGUUGUGGAGAAUUAUGCACUGAGGCUGACCCAGGAAGUAAUUUCUGAAGGCACCAGGAGAGCAAACUUGGAGGGAAAGGUGAUAAGUCACAACAAAGAGCCGUUUGAAGAGGAAAGUAAGAAUUCACAUCCUGGUCACUUGGAAUCACAUGAAGGAAAUUCUUUGGACCUUUCAGAGAUGCAGUUGUCACAAUCUGACAUUGAUGCACACGAACUUAAUCAUCUUGGAAGAACCACGCCAAAGUCAUUAUGUAUUGGAGUAAGCCCAUUAAUAGCUAGUGAACAGGCUGCAACUUCAACACAACAGUCUUUUGAUUCACCUGUGGAGGGGGAAAGACAUUUAUCAGCAUUUGACAAAGAAAGAGCAGAUAAUCAAGACUAUGAGAAACUCAUGUGUGACAAACUUGGGCUCACCAAGAAGGCAUCAUUGGACUAUCCUGAUGCACCACCACCAACACCACUGAAGCCACAGCUCACAGGCAGUCAGAGGAGUUUUACUAGGAAGCUCAAGGGAGGUUUGGCUAAAGAAUUCCUUCCCUCACCCCCUCCACCAACUCCAAAGGAAAUUGUCAAUUUUUGCCUGCCUAAAGAUGGGAGAGAGGAAAAGGCUGAAUUUAUGAGAAAGCUGAUACGAUCGCUGUCUCAAGAGUUUAGUGGAAAAGACACUACAGGGACUUCUGAGGUGCCAGAUGACGAGAGGCUGCAAAAUGUGCUGCAGGGAUGUCCAGCUUCAGGAAGUGAACCAACAGAGGGGUUGUGCACCGAUGAGAAUAAGAUGCAAGACUACUUCAGUAAUUUAGUAUCUGGCAUUGUCUUUUCGUCUGCUCAAGUUAUUUGUGGUCUUGUAGGAGAGAGCUUUGAUCCUAAAUAUCCUAAUGAGCAGAACCGUUCCAGUGUUACAUUUGGCGAUGAUUGUCAGCUGAAGAGCCACUCUGUGGAAAAACCGAACCCGCGUCCUUCUGAUGUAGCCAUCCUGGAAUCUCAAAGGAUUGCAAGUGAAAACAAUGGGGAUAAAAACCGAGCCAGUUUUCCACUUGUAACAGAAAACAAAUUGUGGGAAUAUACUGACAGACUAACACAGGAAAUAGUUAAUUCUGUCAUCAACUUUCUGAAUCAAAUUGAAUUACUUGAAUGUGGGGAGCACAAGGUGGAGAGGAAAGGGAAUGGGCACAAAGACUGUAAGCAUUCACGUUAUAUCAAGCAGCUAAGCUCCAUGUCUGAAGGCUUAGUGCAAAGAGUGGUAAAGUCUGCCCUCCACCUGUUUAAAGCUCAGUAUCAGUUGCAGCCAGCCCAAUAUGCCAGCACUGCCAGCUUACCUGAAGGUGAUGUGGAUCCUGUGCCCUUUGCUGAAGUAUUUCAGAACAUUGAUCCUACAGUCAGGGGCAUUGAGGAGAAUCCUUUUCUCACUGACGACGAAGAGCAGCAGUUUAUCAAACCGUCACCGGAGACAAUCACAUCUGAGGCAAACAGUCACGCUGCAGCUCUGGACAGUGAUCCUGUAUUUACCUGGGAGGAGCAAGUGGCAGGAAGUCAAGGGACAGCUUGUGGAAUUGGCACUGCACGCCCGCUUGAUGUAACAAGUUAUAAGAAUGGCAGCAGUGUAAGAUCUUCCAGCAGCCAGUGCCCAUAUGAGCAACCACUUGUGAAAAUGGAGAGUGAAGAACGCACUGAAGAGAAUUUGAGUGGUUUCGGUCAGGUAAAAAUGAAAAUAAGUUUAUAUGAACAAAUGAAGGAAAGAUCAUGUCCACAUAAAGAUCAGGAUGCACUGCUUGACUUCAACUCCAAGCCCAUUAGUAACGAUGAAGAAAAAUCCUCCACCUUGGAAUUAACAGAGCCAAUGAUGAAGGGUCCAGAACACAAACAGUUAAACAAAACUUAUGCUGAAAGCUUAGCGCAAACUAUACUGAAUUCUUCCUUGGCUGAUGCUUGUAGGCAUUGUAGCUCUAGACUAGAGGAACCAACACAUUCUCAAAGGACAAAUGACUUGUACAGAAAUGCUCUUUCUGUUUCCCGAAGCUCAGAAGAGAGUCUAGAGGACCAGCAGAAAGCACAGACAGAAGAAUUCUUCAAGGACAAAGAAGAGCACGUUCCCUUAAUUCUGAACACUAAAUUUCAAGGACUCAAGGUAAUUGAAUAUACCGGUGAUUCAUCAACAAAACAGCCGCAGGAAAAUUCAAAUCAAUCAACGGCUGCUUUAAAGCAGUGUAAUGAAGACCAGGAAGGCUAUGAAGAAAUGGAACAUUGUAGCUUCUUAUCUACAAAGCCAAUUGAACUUUUGUUGAUAAACUUCAACUCUGCAUCUACAACUGUUGAUGUUCAGGUACAAGCAAUGCUGCAAUGGGCAACAGGUUCCCAGCUCAAUGUCUCCAAGAUUCAUAUAAAGAAUUCAAGUGAGGACUUUGUACAGUUCCCCACUCUGUUGACAUUAGCUGAAGAGGAAGAAUGGACUGUGGGAGACCUCCUCUGUGCUGUGCUAGCCUUCUGUGAAAGUAACCAGAAAGCAGCCAAUACAACACUCUUCGACUACCUCCUUGAACCAUUGCAUGGCAUUGAGGCUUGCAGUAAACCACACAGUACCUCCAGCUAGGGCUUGGUUUUAGUGAGAAAAUUAUGCCCAAUCACCUUUCAUGGUGUUUCUAGUAAAUUCAACGUUCCUGAGGAUGAAUUCGCAUUUGGAAGGCAUGGAAAGGAAAUAAUCUGUACCUUUCAUUUCCACUCCACCCCACCACCCCCCCAGUCCUCUGACUAUCGUGAUUAACACGUUAUACUGAAGGAAAAUACAAUGUUUUUAUAAAAGUUUAAAUUACUAUGGUGGAAUCAGUUUAAUUUUAUGCACGAGAUCUGGCUCCAGAUCAACUCUACCAAAUGCUAGUCUGUAGCGAGGAGUGAGGAGACGCAGCAGCAUUGCCUGCACCUACAUACUAUGUCUCUGAAUCAAAUCAUUUCAUGAAACUUGCCACCUCAUCAUCUCCUCACUUCCUCCCACAACAAAAGAUUAAUUUCAUCCCAUGAUCUUCUCUUUCCACCACUACCAUGACCAACUCUCCUUCAAGCUGUUAGCUACACAUUUUCUCUCAACUCCAUUCAUUAUAUUGAAAGGACAACGGUAACUGAAAUGGGAAUAACCAUAUUUCCCAAAUAGUUUUUUUAUUCCUACCGUUGGUGUUGCUGUUAUAUUGAAUACAGCACUGAAAGAGACUAUUCAGUCAAUCGUGUCCGCACUAUCUCCUAAAGGGACAACCCUUAGUUCUAUUCCCCUGCUCUUUUCCCCCAGCCCUGCAACUAUUAUCUCUGAUAUGCUUAUCCAGUUCCCUUUUAUAGACACUGAUAAAUUUAGAACACAUUGAGUUCUGGAUCCCAGCCCCUUUCUGAGUGGUGAAAAAAAAAUCUUUAUAUCCUUCUGGUAUUUUUUUUUUGCUCAAUUUUAAAUGUUUGUCUUAUAAUUUAGAUGACAGCUUCACUUCCAGGUCUAAGCCAGUCAUGCUACUGUGCACCUGUGUCAUAUUUCCUCUCAUCCUACUGUACUCAAAAGAAAAACAACUACAAUUUCUCCAUUGUAACCAUUUUCCAUUCCUAAUCUUUAAUCCUCACCCUUGGAUCUAUUCUUGUAUGUUCUGCACCCACUCUGGGACUUCCACAUCCUUUCCAAAAUGUGGGAACAGAGUUGAACACACUGCCCCAUUUGUAGACUAACUUGCAGGUUCAGUUACUUUUCUGCGUAUGCACUUUGUGCCUUUAAUUAUGAAGCCUAGGAUCCAAUGUACUCGAAUAGUCACUGCAUCUAUAUGGAUGCCAGGGCAUCAAAAGGGAUGGGGAGAAGGCAAGGAAGUGGGGAUGACUAGAAGAAUUGGAUCAGCCCAUGAUUGAAUGGCGAAGCAGACUCAAUGGGCCAAAUGGCCUACUUCUGCUCCUAUAUCUUACGGUAUUAUAUAAAGGAUUUAUGAAUAUUUAUACACAUUUCCUGCACACACUUUAGAAUUUUAAAGUUUUAAGUUUUAUCCUUUUUUAUCCAUAUAGUUUCUCUUUUUUAUUUAUGUAAUUUCAUCCGUCUCUGAAAUGAUUUCCAUCUGGUUCAUGUUUGGCCAUUUACUUGUUCCUCUUUUUUUCUUCCAGAUAUUACAGCUCUCCUUACUGUUUACCACUCUUCUAAGAUUAGAAUUGGCUUUAAAUUUGAUGUAUUUACUUUGCACAUGUAAAUUUAUGUCACUAAUGUCUCAGGGAAAGAGAGGGCCUGGUCCUGACUCCUAGAGAAACACAAUUAAACACAAUGAAUUAGUAGUCUAUUACAUUUAACCCUUAGUCAUUUUGUCCCAGUUGUCAAUUAAUAAACAAAUUUUCUGAUAGCUGUAGAUUUAUUUUGAGUCAUUCCCGGAUCUGGCACAAUAUAAGUGCAAGAUACCAUCUUCUACAAGCUGAAUAUAAUGGUUGUACCUUGAGAUUUACCUCAAAGUAAUCCUGUCCAAAUGACUGGUGAAUGUAUAAGCCUUUUGCCUUCACACCAUUUGAUUUGGAAACGCACCAUUAUGUUAGUCAACAAAGCUCCCUCCAAUGACUAAUGGACUGUUAAACUAAGCCCUUUAAACCCCAAACUGUACUGAAUUAGUUUGCCUUGUUAGUGGAAAUAGGACGUUACAUUAGCCCCACUAUUCUCAGAUUAUGCAAAAAUCAGAGUUCCUAACUAUCUAUGGGUCUCUGAAAAGUGUAGUCUCAUGAACCCUGAGUAAAGACUAAUGUUUACUCUUGGUUUGUAGCACUAAUGAGCUGAACUUUGUACUGUGCUGUUAAUGAACCUCAAAGACAAAAUACCAUGUGUCAGAGCUACAAAAAUGCAUCUCUUGUGUGUUCCUGAGGAUGAACUCCUCAACAAAGAUCUUAAAUGCCUUUUCAUGCUUUUACCCAUAAAUGUUGUUAAUACCCUUGGAAAUGUGCCUUGCUUAAUGUCAAUUUCAGCAGAGAGGCCAAUGUUUAUCAGUAUUAUGUUUAUAAAUAGGAAAAUCAGUUUAUCUCAUGGAGGCAUUUUAUAAUUGAGAUUACUCUACAAGAAAUAUUCUCUGGAUGUUUUGUAAACCUGCAAAGAUUAGUAGAAGAAUAAAAUGCUUCCACAUGAAUUUGGAUGAUGAUGAAAACGCUCUGCUGGAGGAUAGGACUUCUUCAGUGGUGGCCAAAUACCAUACAAGAAAACUUUUGAGAAAUAUUCAUUUAACUUUGUAAGCACUGAAGUAUGCAGAAGAUGAGGAAAUUUAGACCAGAGGUCUUAAUGAAUGCUUUUAACUAUAUAUAAGUCUGUUCCAUGCAGCUUCCUCCUUUUCAGAGGAAUCUUUCGAACAUUAAAAGUCAUAAGCCUUUCAGCGUAAAGGCAGGACAGACCUGUUCCACUGCUUGUUUCAUCACAGGCCAGACAAUUAGAAUCCUGUUAGACAAGCAUGGAUUUUUCCAAACAACAGAGAAUCUGCAGAUUCUCAGCCCAAAACGUCGACUGUACUUUUUUUUUCUAGAUGCUGCCUAGCCUGCUGAGUUUCUCCAGCAUUUUGUGUGUGUUGCAUGGAUUUUUCCAACUGGAUUUUAACACGUGGUUGAGAGCUGGUUCCUCUACAACUUUCAGAAGGUUUUGUUUAUUUUGGAUUUACUAGGUUUGUUAUGCAUAUUUCCACUCCUUAAUUAUUAUCUGUUUUAGUUUAAGUAUUGCAUGUGCAUUUCAGCUGUUACAUUAAAAACAGUAGGUGAAUGAACAUAAUCCAGUCAUUUUCCUUCUAUAUGAGAAUGUGCACUGUGUCUUAGAAAAAGAUGGUGCUCUAUCUUGAUCCAGGUUGGAGCUGAUUUCACAAGGAUUGUAAAACAGAGCAGUAUUUUUUCUACUUUUAUCUUCAGAUACAAAAUAUUUUGCAAAAUAAAAUGUGCUAAAAGUUUAGAAAUUAUGCCCUACAUUUUUUUAAAUAAAGUAA